GGGGUCCCCGCGGCUUUAUCUCCCACCCGGCUCCGCCCGCCGCCGGCUGUCUCCCGUGACCGCGCGGCACCGGCGGGCGAGCGCCGGCCCGGGCAGCGCCCAUGGGCUGCGGCAACUCCACGGCCGGCGGCCAGGGCGGGCGAGGUGCUACAGGGACUACUAAAGACGUAGCGGAAGAAUCCAUAUCAGAUGAUGACAAAAGGAGGAACUACGGCGGGGUGUACGUAGGCCUGCCGUCGGACGCGGCUGCCAUGGCUCCCAGUCAGACGAAAGCUGCACCCAAAGAUUAGAAGGAAAUAAAGACAUCAACAUGCAAACAGCCUGAGUCUAUUAAGACCAGUUGCCAGUGCUUUGGAGAGAGCUGUCUUUGUGCUGAAGAUUUUGAUAUUUACACAGCCUUCUGGAAAGCAAGAGAGAUCAGAGCACCAAAAAAUCCAAACUGUUGCAAGUUCCAACUACGGGUAAAGCUUAAAGUACAGCGCUGAAUGCGUUUCCAAUGAUAGUUGCAUUAUGGAAACCUCCUGCUGUUCUCCAUUGAAAGAUGAAAUUAGUGAACUCAUGGUGGAUGUUUCUGCACAAGAGCUAACUUUGAUGAUCUGCAACUUAUUUCUCUGUGGCCAUAUUGCAGAUUCCAUCAGCUAUCAGCUACGCUUCAUAUAUUUCCUCGAACAAGUUUGAUAGAUUUUAUAUAGAAAACCAUCACUAGUGUCCACUCAAUAGUUUCUAUGGUAGGUUCCUGUAAAUUAAUUGUUAUUUUACUUCAGAGUAAUAUAUUUGACAAGUUUGCAUCUUUUUGGGAAUAUUGCAAAUUUUAAUAUUUUUUCUGUGAAAUAUUAAAAAUAGGAUGAAACAAGCUUAAGACCUUAAGGUUCUUUAUAAUUAUUACUGUCCCUUUUAUACCAUGAGACAAAUAUUAGUGUUUAAUUUUCACCUUGUAAAAUGAUGUUGCUCAAGGAAAUUGAUUCAAAUAAGAACUAUAUACUUCAUUGUAUUAUUUACAUGUAUGUUUAUAUUUUACUUUACUUUUAUAAAGCAUUACAUGUAAAAAAAUACUAGCAAAAUAAACUAUUAUGUGUUCCAUUCAAUGUAAUAAUAAUAUGUCCUUGCAUAAGGCUGAAGUGAUGGUAUUUUCAGAGAUAAUGGGAUUAAACUCCAGUGCUGCAUCCUCCUGACCUGUAGAGGAUUUUUGAUCACUGUUAGAGUUUUGUAUCCCUGUCUCAUCUGAAAGCAUCUCCAGUAUGGCAAAUUGAAACAGAAUGAGCAUUAUUACUACUAUAGCAAAUUGUUCAGGUUUUAAAAUUCAUUAAGUUAAUAGCAAUUGUAAGUUUCACAUAGGACAUAAAACAGAUUGUACAUUUACAAAUGGCUGAAUAAGUAUUUCAACUAUUAAAGCUUUUUGCAUUA